CACAGUGAUGAAGCUGAACGCAUACGUAAGGAGAAGAUGAAAGCUAGGAAUCACAGUGAAGAAGCUGAGCGACGGGAGAGAAAACGCCGUAAGCACGAGCGCGACGCUGAUAAGCACGACCGAGAAGACCUGAGACGCCAUGACGAUGACAGACACUCACACGAUGCUGAUGGCUAUGGUCAUCGACGUCGCGAACGCAAAGAAGUACUAGAUGGCAGACACAUUGACGACAACAGACAUCGCAGUCGCGAAGUCGAUCUUCUAGAUGUGGACAGAGACACUUUUGGGGACGUUAUGGGACAGAGACUCAAGAAGAAGCACCGUCGCGAGGAAAAACACAGAGACCGCGAUGAAGAGAGUCCUCGACCGAGAGCAAAUAUGGUUGAGGCGAGGAAGAUGAAGGAGCAUCGCGGUCGCCUCCAUGCUUCAUCCUGUUCAAGGUCUAGAAGCAGAGCUCGGAAACAGAAAAGCCGCGGAGGUGAAAAAUCAGGCAAGAUCAAAAUGAGCUCGUCCAGUACUGCACUGGCUUUAUCCUCUGCGGGGGUUGUGCAGCCUUCAACAGUUGGUGUUGGAGGGCCACCAGGUGGGGCUACCAACUUAGUAUGCGCCAAUGAUCAACAGCAGCAGGGUUAUUUUUGUGCCCCACCAAGUCCAGGCGUGGCUCAAGCUCAGCACGGAGUUGCAACUUUGCAGCCUCCUUCAACAAUUGCAGCCAAUGACGCUCCAUCCAGUAUUAACUCUACUUCUCAGCCCCAGGUGAACGUUUACAACAAUCAUGUCUACAACAACGACAUGAACAUGAUGCAGAUGCAAAGGCAGGGACAAAUGCAGGGAAUAAACAUGAUGAGCAACAUGAUGCAGAUGCAGCCUGCGAUGCCCAUGUUAUGGCGAAGCUUUUCCUCAUACUUCAAGUACAGGGCGUUGGUAAAGUUGUCUCACUGAAUACUUGUUGGGCUAGUAGUGCUGCUUUCACAAGAUCAAUCUUUGUAGUAUUUGUUUUUCCUUCUUCAAACCCUAACACAGUUCUUCAAGCUGAAGAAAUUUAAGUUUUUUUGGUUACCUGCGUACUGGUACUUGAUUGAUGACAACAGUUCCCUUCUAAUGACAAUAAUAAUGCCGAUGAUGAUGGGAGCGAUGGGAGGGCAGAGCAUGAUGAUGCCCAACAUUGGAACGCCACAAAAUAUGAUUAAGGCUCUCAGUAACAACAUCCUCGACUGCAGCAACAUUCUUGAAAAGGUUCAGCAUGCAUAGCAUCUAUUUACAGGUAUUACUUUCAAUUUAGCUGCGAAGAUAGUCUUCAAGGAUGCACUUGAGAGAUGAAUCAACUGCGGAGAUGAAAUCUAAUGUGCCAUUUAACGGGGGAGGAGGCUGGCAGAUGCCACAGCAACAACAGGCAAUGCCUUUUGCGAGGAUGCCACCAGUGCAGCAAAGCACGGCAACAGUGGAAGAGGUCGAGGAAAACAGAUUCUCAGAGUUGAACUAGUACGCUAGAAAAUUAUAUUGGUUUUAUUCAAAGUAAGUGGUAUUCCCGCUCGCAAAUAUUUAAAAAACUCUUAUCCCCUUCCCCGCCCCGGCGCCCAUGGAUCGAUAUCAAAUACAUCUACAUGGCACUUUUCUUCAGUCUGCUUCUUUCGUUAUAGAAGUUUCUCAAUAUGAACAUGAAGAACAUUCGACGCGGACAAAAUGAAACCAAAACUUGGCGAGCAUAUCAUACAGCCAACUUAUAGAUCCUGAACGAUCAACAUGUAAUGUAGAAACGCAGUGUAGCCGAUCGAACCCACGACGCAGAUAAAGAUGGUCAUCGAUCGUUUCGAUGUUAAGCUAGUUGCUUGUUGUUUCUUUUAUUGCGGCCUCUUCUUGAUCAUGAUCUACUAUUCAAUAGAUAAAUGAACGGAGCCCGCCUAUCCAUGAUUCCUUAUACCAAAAUGAAUGCCUGUAAGUAUCAACCUUCUCUCGUUGAAACAGUCUACGUAUGAAGUCUUCGAAGCCCCCUCAACAUGAUAUCGCAUCAUUGCAAAAAUAGUUGUCGGUGACCCACCUCACACAAUCAUAAACCUGCACUCAAGAAACCGCGUCUCCUUGUUCUUACAAACAGCAGCCUUGACGAGCUUCCUUCGCAACAUACUCACAUUGUUCCAUUUAUAUCUUGAAGUUAAGCUGCC